CAUUAUUUUUUAAUAACACAUUUGCAAGCAACAAAUCGCACUUUGUGUCGUACAAAGAAACUGUUUAUCGUGUCAAUAAUUUAAAAUGGCGUUGUUUUAUUCCGUUGCGUUGAUAUAAGGAAAAUAUUAAUUAAUAAAUAUUUUAUACAUUGUGGUAACAUACUUUUCUGUAGAAUUAAAUAAUGGCAGAUCCACAAGUGGCUCAUAAAGAAGUGAUGGACGAAAUAGUGAAUAGAAAAAAAUUAGGUGAUAAAAAGUCUCAUUCGGAAACAUCGCUUCAAAAUUUAGAAGAUGUUGACGAAAGUGUUAUAAUAGACGCUGGGAAAGAUCCUGGGGUAGUAAACAAGACUCUUAACGGUGUUGCAAAUGAAGAUGACGGGGGUGACAGGCGGCGGACGAUGUCGACGCCUGGCCCGGUGUCGGGCAGCCUGCUGACGGCGACCGCAGCGCGGGCCGCACGCCGCCGCCCGCCCCGCAGCGUCAUGUACGCGCCAGACCUGGAGCGCACUGAUUCUACCAGUAAGAGAGAUGACGAUUCGAUUUUAGGAACGCCAAUAGGAGAUCGAAAUAGUGCUAGUCCAGUAUUAUAUAAUGGCAAUAUUCGCAAUAAUGGAGAUGCGAAAUCUUUAAGUAACUAUCGUGCAUAUAACACGCUAAAUGACGUGCGCGGUGGUACCACUCCUAGGAAACGCUCCGUGGCCACCAUGGACGCGCAGUCUCUACGCUCAGUGGAUACACACGCUCCUCCGCCAACCAGCCCAGAAGAUAACAAGCGUCUUACGUUGAAAUAUAUGUCGUUAAUAUUGAGCGGUAUGUACGCAAUACUGCUGGUGACAUUGGGAGUUAUUUUCAACCUCGCUGAUCCUUUUGUGGAUAUGCAUUUAGCUACGAUAUACUCAUUAAUUUUAACGGGCAUUGGCUUUCUUUACAUGUUGUUUUUACUUAUUGAUAUUGGUAGAUACAAAAGUAACGCUCUACAAAACCAAAAAGCCAAAGAAAUACACGAAGAGAAGCUUUCCGAAUAUUAUAGGAAACGAGAAGAAGAGUUCGGACCAAUAAUAGCGGGAGACCGCACGCCCGAUAGUUACCGAUCACUGAAAAUACCAUCCGCAUUGCUCGUGUCACUGAAACAUGACUAUUGCUUCAGCCAGGGCCGGCACUCGGGGAGUUUUUACCUUAAAUUGGGAGCUGCCGGUUUUGCCCUGGGACAUCUUGUGCAUUCAGUCCUGUUGAUCACUUUACAAACGAAUUAUUAUCUUGACGACAACAUUAAUAAUGAAGACUGCGUCGACGUACUACGACUUGUUCUCGACGUCGUAAAUCCGUUGUAUUCUUUCGUUCAACUAUAUUUUAUUUUUAAAUAUUCCAACGUGAUUGUCUUACGAGGGCAGGGUUUAGCGCAUUUCGGUUUUAUGCAUAUGAUUGGCAGUAGUCUUUGUUUUUGGAUUGCGACUAUUGUUCGAGAAACAGUGUUAGCGUUGACACUAUAUGCAAAUUCGAAAUAUGGCAAUCGAACAAACGGUUAUGAUGCUGAAGUUAAUAUAGAACCAGUGUUUACAUCAGCAGAGAGUCGUAUUUUCGACAUCAGUGAUCUGUACAACGAACAUUGUCAGGGAUCCGGCGCUAUAUCAUCUGUAUUUGAAAGUGUAUCGCCUUAUUUGUACCCAUUUAGUGUUGAAUUCAAUAUUCUUAUAGUCGCGGUAUAUUAUAUAAUUUGGAGUAACAUCGGUCACUGUGAGAACCCAGAUGGAGACAAAAGCGAAUCAAAUUCAAGCUUAGGCGAGAACUAUUCAGUGUGCAAGAUACCAACCGCAAGUGAGGAGAACGAUUAUACAAGCAAUAUGGUUAUUUAUGCGGACUGCCAUGCUUCGAACCGCGGACUUUUUAUGGGCUUAGUCAUAAUUGUUAUUGUUGUGGGAAUGCUCAUUAUUGGGUUCGUCUUCAGCAGUGUUGGCGAUAAUUUCCUGGAAGUGGGUUACCUCCUUAACAGCUGCACGAAGCUGGGCCUGCACGUGAUAAUGCUGUUCGCUGCAGUCAUAGCUUACAAUCAAACGAUCAAGCUGGACAUAAACGAACAUCCAAUCUCCUUGCUGGACGAUGUUCUACUAUUCAUAUGCCUGCCAGCUUUCUUCCUAGAGUCAGUGCUGUCACUGGCCGCUACAGUAUCAGUAGCAAACAUUAUCAAAUCCAUCGAUUUCGUAGUAAUGGUGGUGCAAGUAAUCAUACAGACAUUCUUGUUAGUGGACGGUCUUCGCCGCUGCAGUAACAGCAGAAAACUACGAAGAACGAAGCCCGGCCGAGAGCUAAUGAUGUUCAUGAUCAUUGCCAACGUAGCAAUGUGGCUACACUACUCGUUCUCUUACAAAUCACCAGAUAGUUUGGAUGAAAGAUACGAAUUCUAUGGUAAAAUACUAUGGAGUAUACUCGGCCAUAUAUCUCUACCACUGAUAAUGUUCUACCGAUUCCACUCCAGCGUUUGUUUUGCUGAUAUAUGGAAUUCAGCGUAUAAACCUGGUUCGGAUCAUUAAAAGUAUAAUAGAUAGAUUAGUUAAAAUAUUUAUACGUUAUAAAAGUUAAAUAAAUUAUAGUAAGACAUAUAAUAAAUAAACUAAUGAUAAUCG